CCCAACUCUUGGAAACCUAGUUAUUUUGAUACAUUUGAGAAUUCCAGACAACUAUAGCCGCACAGUUUUUAACAAUAGCUUGCUACACUUUUACAAUAAGGUUAGCAGCUUAGAAAGAAAGACACUUUCAAAGAAUUAUCUAUUUCUGAAAGGCUUUACUUUGCUUAGAAAAGUUGUAAAAUGAAGGUUCAUGUCGUCUUGCUGUUUGUCUUUUUCACCGAGUUACUUUUACAGAUGGGUGAUUGUCAAAAGAAGGAGAAAAGGACCCCAGAGCGGAUUGCAAAAAAUAACCAAAAAGCAGCUGGACAGAAUAAAAUUAGAGUAAUGGACAAAAAAAAUAAGGCAAGAAGUCAAAAGGUGCGAAAGCAGAGAGUGUUCGUCGACAGAGACCUAAAGCCCACUUUCAUCAUGACACAAGUUUUGGAUAAGGGCCGUUUCCAGAAGCCCUCAGAAACAUUGAAUCUAUCCGCUGGACAGGCUCUCGAACUGCGCUGCAAAGGGGAUAACAUUGGCUGGGGUUACCCAUCCAGUCUAAACAACUCCAGGUUAAGUAUAAUUCAGCACCGUAAGUACAGUCAGCUCAUACUUAACAAAGCGAGGACUAUGGACACUGGAGAAUACAGCUGCUGGGUAAUCCUCUGCGAUGGGCUGGAGUGUAGCAAAGAUGACCUGAAAACAGGCAAAACCUAUAUCUACUUCACAGAUCCAGCUGAACUAUUUGUACCAUCUAUCAAUUAUUUUGAUAUAAUCUACCUUCGACCUGAUCAGCCUGCUGUAAUCCCUUGUCGGGUGAGCACACCUUUGGCCAAUGUCACAUUGCACCGAGAAUUCCCUCCUCAAGAAAUUCCUGCCGAUGGAUCCCUCAUUAGCUAUGAUGCAAAGAAAGGAUUUAUUAUUCAUCGUCCUAAACUUGAGCAGAAAGGGGUUGUACACUGCACGGCAAGCCUGAAAGGAGCUCUACAGACAUCUAGCAAUUACCUACUUCUUUAUGCUGAAGCUCACAGUCACGCUCCAACUGCAACUAUAGAGGCUUCUUCAAACAUAGUAAAUGGCGGGGAGCAAGUCAAUGUGACCUGCACUGUUCUGGGAGAUCCAGAUCGACAGGUGGACUUUAUUUGGAAAUAUCCAGGACAGCAGGAUGAAAGGCCAGUGAUCAUCACGGAAAGCUGGAGAUUAAUAGAUCAACAAAAUGGACAUACUGUCAGGUUAUCGAAGAGUAUGCUAUAUAUUGAUGAUGUUGAAACUAUUGAUGUAGGUAAUUAUAUAUGUACUGCUCAAAAUGUGCUAGGAAAGACAACAGUUGCCACAGAAGUGUUAUUUCCCUGAUAAUGGUGAUGAUUUGCUUAGUGGAAGAUUCAAGCCAAGUUCACCUGGGAACUGUGUGGAGAAAUGUUGGGUGCUAGGCAGUACUGGAUCCUAUUUCUUCAAUGAAUUUUUAUGUCAAAUGUUUGCUUCUUCUCUCACUGCAGGAUUAUCAAAUAUUUCAGGUACAGUAUUCUGUUGUUUUUAAUGGCAUAAUUUUAGCAUCAGCUGUAUCAAACUAGAGUUUUCAUUUAAACUUCUUUACCUUAUUACAAGAAUUUCAGCAUCAAAGAUAAGUUAGGCCCAGUAAUACCUCAGGAGGGACUUUUAAUAACACAACAGAACCAGUAAGUUUCACUCUGAUGAAAACCCCAUCCAGCUGGAAGGAAACAAAACUUUCUCCAUCUACUAGUUUCAAAUCAAUCAGCCAAUUAGCUGCAAUGGCUUCUUUUUGCCCUCUCCCACUGUGAUCCUUGACUGCCUCCUAUUUACUUGCUUCUCCUGGUGAAUCAUAAGAGACAGAAAAAUUAAUUUACACAUGUAAGCUGAGAAUACCCAGCACCACCUUCCAAAGUUUAUAGAUCUUCCCACUGUUUCAGUUGAUAGGCUGUUUCUUAAACUGUGCUGAAUGAAAGAUGGGUCCACUUUUUAAAUAUUGGGUUUAUCCAAGGAACGAGUUUUCAGUUCACACCACAAAUUCCUGCACUCUCCCUGACAGUUCUCCAAGCCGGAACCAAACAGUCUGCAUUCCUGAUGCUAUAUUUGACCCCAAAUUACCCACAUAUCCACACCCUCAAUGGAAUCAACCAUUUCACCAGCUUUUUACUUUCAGAUUUUGUGUACCUGUUGUUGAAACUCUUAUCCAUGCCCCAGUUGAGUCUAGACUUGAUCAUGCCAAUUUGCAGAUGACUAGCCCUCUACAUUCUACCCUUUAUAAAUUGUGGCCAACCAAAACUUGGGUGCCUUUUAUGUAACUCCACCAUUCCAUUUAGUCAUAGCAUAUGCUUGCUGGCCUACUGUUGCUGUCAGUUAAGCAAUGCAAAGAUUUUAAAUUUUGCAUCCUUUCUUUCCAUAGUCUUGCCUUACACCACCCCCACCCCUUCUCGUAACUCCAGCAACCCUGCAUGAUGUCUACACUCCUUAACGUCGGACCUCUUAAUCGCCUUUAAGUUUACUUGUUCCAUCAUUGGUAGCUAAGCCUUUCACUGCCAAGAACAAAAGUCCUGCAAUUCUUUUUUUGAUUCCCUUGACCAAACUUUUCGAUCUCUACCCUCAUAUGUCAUUUGUGGUUUCAUAACAGAUCUCCAUUCGUUCAUUGUUCUCAUUUUGAACCUUUGGAUGACUUUACAUUGAUAAAGGUACUGGGAAGUAGUUCUUGAAAUCUAAUUGGGAUAUUCUUAUGAUAGGUACACAUUAUAAAGCUAGAUCUAAUUACCAAAAGUAAUCAGAACACAGUUUGUGGAAAACAUAGGAUUUUGCUUUGAGCUUGUAAGGGUGUGUAAGGUUACACUUGAUCCCAAAAUGUUUGUUGAUGAGUGAAAUGAGUAUUCUGUUCAUGAGAAUUCUAAAAUUCAAGAAAAUGAGAAGAAACCAGUCUAUAUUUUAGUUACUAUUAAAUGCUUCCUUUACUUACUUACCAUCUAAUCAGAAGCUGAUGGGAAUGCACAUUAUAGUACAGGCGACUCUACCUCUUAAUGUAAACUGAGUGACUCAUCUCUGUUCUGGAAAAAAUCACAUUUGAGUUGAAGAUAAUUCUGCAAUUGAACAACUUAAGUGGUAGGUUUGAACACGUAUGAAGCUGAGGAUAUAACCAAACCACAAAUUAAUACAUGAUUUUUUUGACAGAACAUCUGCACAGUUGUUGCACUUAUCAUUGUGUUGCAAAAUAAGAUUGCCAAAAAGAAUCUGCUCCUCAGACCCACCCUUCCAGCAGUAUUUGUUUCCAAUACUUAUCCCUUUUGCAUGAAUUGCAUUCUAUCAAAGUUGCAGAACAUUUUAUAUUAAGCAAGUAUAGCCUGAAGAAAAUCAAUAUUUAGCAAACAAAAGGAUGUUAAACUCUGCAAAUCUGAGCUAACAAUUGUUUGACUGUUCACUUUGGUUAUGUCUGUGAUUUCCUGGGCAAGAUGGUUCCACUCAUAAAUAAUCCCAGGUCAGCUGAAUAACUGAAAGAUCUGGUUUGCAGAGAUCUUGGUUAUUAAAUGCCACUGAUAAAGUUUAGCAGCUAUCUUGUUAGUAAUUGUUUGUACUUCUGUUCCAUGUAACACGUAUUCAUUAUUUCAUUGUGGAAAAUAUAUUAAAACGUUCUGACUCCGAUUUUCAGCAAUUUGCAUUACUUUUUGGUAUUGCAAUUGUAAUAGCUUUUUUGUUAUUGAGAUAAUUACAUAUUAAAAAAUUGAUAAACUGUUAUAAAAGUUGUUCAUCUAUUUCCUCGUGGGUAAUAAAACAAG